CCUUGUCGAGUAUGGUAUUUAUGAUAUUGGCAGCACCACACCAACAUGAAAAACAUUUUUAAAAGGUGCUGCCGCCGCUAAUGUUAGCUCUGGGUCGGCCUGGUGGUUGCGCUGUUUGGGUUAAAACCUAACUGGCUUCUUGAGCUAACGUGACGGUACAUGCUAAUGCUAGCUGUUUAUUAAGGAGGAGGGGGCGGCGUGCCCCCACCGAGCUACCACGUUUGGGUUUCGUUAUAGGAGAUAUUAACAUGGUUACUAGAGGAUAGUAGGCCAAUGUUUGCGCACAACAUGCAUUUAUCCCCCCUUGGCGCCACAGACGACGCUACGCUGCUAACACGAGCUAAAAGCUAACCCGUGGUUGACCACCUGUCCCUGCUCUCUAUAAUGCCCCAGUGUUUGCAGCAUCUGCAGUGAACGUGAUGGCAGCCCAGUCGGUUUCCAUAGACAAGUACCCAAACGGAGAGCAGGAGAUGCAAGGCGGGGUGAAGGUAGACUGCGAUUCAGAUCAGAACUUCAUUGAGGUAACGCUAGCAGAGGUUUCCAGCCCAGCACCCACAGAGACGCAGACACCCAUGGAUGCAGACAAAGCCUCCAUAUAUCGGCAUCCCCUGUUCCCUCUGUUGGCCCUACUGUUUGAGAAGUGUGAACAGUCCACACUGAGCUCUGAUUGCAUCACCUCUGCAAGUUUUGACGUGGACAUCGAGAACUUUGUCCGCAGUCAGGAGAAGGAUGGGAAACCUUUCUUUAGUGAGGAUCCUGAACUUGACAACUUGAUGGUGAAAGCCAUCCAGGUGCUACGGAUCCACCUGCUGGAGCUAGAGAAAGUGAGUGACCUCUGUAAGGACUUCUGUAGUCGGUACAUCGCUUGCCUCAAGACGAAGAUGAACAGUGAAACCCUGCUGAGCGGAGACCCAGGAAGCCCGUACUCCCCCGUACAAGGCCAAGGCCAAAGCUUCUCACCCUCCAAAAGUCAGGUUUGUAAUCCUCCUGGCUCCAUCUCAGGGGCAAUUAGUCCCCAAGGUCAAAUUGUGGUGCCGGCAUCAGCCCUGCAGCAAGGAAAUGUCACUGUGACGGCUGUCAACCCCACCCAGAUGGUCGCAGGUAUGUCACCGUGGCAUACAACCCCCUCCUCAGGCGGCACGGUGUACCAGCCAGUCACAGUCGUCACCCCUCAGGGCCAGGUAGUAACACAGGCUCUGUCUCCCGGGACAAUACGCGUCCAAAACAAUCAGCUCCAGCUCCAGUUUCACCAGGACUUGAACCUCUUCAAUCAUGACGACAACUCAACCAAGAACAAGCGCGGCGUUCUGCCCAAACACGCCACCAAUGUCAUGCGCUCAUGGCUCUUCCAGCACAUUGGGCAUCCUUACCCAACGGAGGAUGAAAAGAAACAGAUUGCCACUCAGACAAACCUUACACUUUUACAGGUCAACAACUGGUUUAUAAAUGCGCGGAGACGAAUCCUGCAGCCCAUGUUGGACGCCAGCUCCUCAGAGACGCCCAAAGCCAAGAAGAAAACACCUCAGAACAGGCCACUGCAACGCUUCUGGCCCGACUCCAUCGCAGCAGGUGGAGGUAGCCAGCAGCAGGUCACCAUGCCAGACGGCACGCUGGUGACGAUGAACGUGGAGGGUCUGCAGAGCCUGACGUCAGAUGGUGCCACGCUGGCAGUGCAACAGGUGAUGCUGGGAGGCCACAGCGAAGACGAGUCAGGGGACAGCGGGGACGAGGACGACGACGCAGACAUAGCCGGGCUGGGCCUGGACAACAGCGACUCGUUGCAGUAGAGGACGCACUCCCUCACACAUCGGUCUACGCACACACACUCGACAUGCAUAAAUAGGUCUAAUAGGUCUACGGAACACAGGUGCGUACAAACACGUUAGUUUACGCGGAGCACAAAAGCAAAGGACGUACUGGGACGUACUGCACUCUUCCACACCCCCACCCUGCUGAACAGAGGUUUAUGCUGCGCGUGUGUACAUCAGGAGUUUCAUUUCAGAAACCUUUUGUUUUUUUUUUGUUUUUUUUUUUGUUUUUUUUUGCAUUAUUUGGUUGAUGUAGGUGAGUGCAAUUUUUGUAUAUUUAAGCUCAAUAAGAUUAAAUCAAGCAGAAGAAGAAGAAAAAAAAAAAAAAACGAAGAAGUGUUUAAAACACCCGAGGCGCAUUCGUAUGCCCCGUUAAUAAAGGUUGACUGAUGUUCUUUUGUCCCCUUUGGCCCCUACUCCCAGUUACCAGUUGAAUUCUCCUUUUGGAUGCCAACAGUUUGUAUCUGUAAGGAUUUGUCUUCACUUCUUGCAUGCUCGUGUUUUGUGUAGAUGUGCGCACGCUUUCGACUGACUCCAGGGCUCUCACCAGGGGCCUACGCAGGCCGAGCAGAGCACAAAGGUUGGAAAAAUUGUGGAAAGAUGCUUAUUUUUAUAUACAAACAUAUGAAAUUAGUGCGUUUUUUUUUUUUUGUUUGUUUGUUCGUUUGUUUCAUUUUUUGUGUUCUCCUGUUUUGUACGGAAUAUUUAUGUACAGAUUCAUAAUUAAAGCUAGUGACCCAAUUUUCCAGGGUUCUUUAAAGUUUUCUAAAAAAAAAAAUAUUAAAAAGGAAUUGAAUGCUGAUGAAAAUUGCUAUUUAAAUUGGUUUCGAACUUAAUACUAACAAGGCCUUAUCUAUGUACUUUUCUAAAGAAUUCUUGCCUAGAAGCACAAAAAUGAAGUCUGACCCUUGGUGAAAUUGGUCGAAAAGACACUAAAACAAACACUUUUGUCACUCUGCAAAGCAUUGUUAAUAAUUUUUACUCGGUUUACUGCAACGUCCCGUUUAUCUGAAGCGAACAGAAACAGUGACGCGGCCGCACGGUCCAGCACUGCUCCCGUUCUAUCCACAUUGUGAAUACCAUAUAUGUCUUUUAAUGAUUUUAAAGUAGUAGCAUAUAUGUCACUUUCUCAAAUGCACAAUCCAGAACACUAUGCUAACCGCACAGUCGUGAGGGUCUGGGACGGAUCCUGGAUGGGGCAGUAUCCGCAGUGUGAUGUGAACGCCAUCGUCAACCAGAAACUAUGGACUCUUUUUUUUUGCAUGCAUUCAGCUUUGUUUUGUAUCCCAGAUCACGCUGCUGCACUGAAAACAGAGCAGUUGGAAAGUUGGAAAUCUUAAGUUUAUUGCCUGCCAGAAGGACCGGGACUUGAAUCGAAAUCUUUACGGAUUUGUUGAAAUUACUGCAUAAACUGGGGUGCCUCUUGUUCCAAUAACUGUAAUAUUGUACUGUACAACAGUUGUCUUUCAAUAGUUGCAGUAAUCUGUUUUAUAACCCUUUUGUGAAGUCGAGACUUGGUUAAUUUCCUGCAGCCUGAGGGUUUAUUGACUCUGGGUGGAACCACACUGGGCUCUUGGUUCUUCACUUGCAUCUGUCUUGCUUUUUAUGAAGCGUUGUUCACUCUUGUCUGUUUUGCCUUAGAGCUUUCUAUUUUGGAAUAAACAAUGUUUAACUCUG